GUAAACAAGACGAGCUCCACCGACGAUAAGAGCUCUGUCUGGUUCAGUCCAGCUCUAGUUUUAAUAAUUAUAAAUUUAAAACAUCUACCUCACAAUGAAUUGGUCCAGGUUGUGCUCUGCUUUAUGGAGCAAAUCUCUCAGGUUUAUUUUGACACCUGUCACCACGCAAAUCUCGAGGACCGCCGUGCAACGGCUGUCACCUUCCUCCUGGUCUAGACGUUUUUGCUCAUUCUCGUCACCAAAGCAAUUUCACAAUCAAAAUUACAGUAAAUUUAUUCUAAUCUCUGGCGUAAUGUCAUUUUUGGGAUUGGAAAAAGAGAAAGAGGAGAAAGAUGAUGAGCUGAUAAUGACUCUAAAAAGAUCCGUCCUUUUAAUGCAGCAAGGGGACCUGGCCAAAGCUGAACAAAUGCUACACUUGGCUCUGCGCUUGGCCCAGGAAAGGAUGUCCGUGGAUGGAAUUACUUACACAUAUGACCUGAUGGCGAAUUUGGCGCUGGAGAGGGGUGAACUGGCGAAGGCAGAAAAGCUAUUCCUGACUGUGAUGAAUAGGCUUCUAGUCGCUGGAGCUCAAGAGAAUGACAACAAAAUCUUACAUAUGAGUAUCAAGCUGGCAAACAUCUUUGCCGACGGAUUUUUUGAAGGGAAAGAUGCAAGCAAGGCUCAGGAGCUGUGCUCCAAAGCACAUAAUGGAUAUGAUUUUUGCAAAGAGAGGCUGCAGAAGAAAAUUGACUCUGGUGACAACGACAGCGACACGUAUCUGCUGCUCAGUUUGGCCUAUGAGGGUGAAGGACGAUUGUAUGCAGGACAAGAGAUGCUGCCUAAAGCCCGGCUAAGCUAUGAAAAAGCACUCGAGUGGAGCAAAAGAGGCAAAGACACCGACGAGCGGAUGUCAUCACUUCUUGGCUACCUCGGCUACAUAAGCGGCAUGCAAGCUGAAAUUCCUGCUGCUAUGCAUUACCUGGAGGAGGCGAUCGCGAUUGCCAGGAAAAACAAUGGUGAACAAUUGCAAUCAAUGCUUGUUAAUUUGGGUAUGCUUAAAUUAUACAAUGGAGCUCUGGCUGAAGCUAGAAACAGUUGCAAAGAGGGCUUUAAUUUAUCCCGACAGGCCAAAGACUCUGAAACGGAAAAUGAAGCUGUUCGGUGUUUAGAAGAAGUUAAUGUAGCUUUUAAAAAUAAAAAAUAAGUAGCGUUUUCAUUGAGAUAAUAUGUUUUUAAUCUGUUAGACUUUUAAAUUUUAAUUUGCGCUCCAGGAGUGAAUCUCUAUAAUGAAAACCUUAAAAUUAUAUUUACUCAGGGAAGUUAUGAGCUUUAUUAUUUAUUGAAUAUGUGUACUUUGUUCCAAAAAUAAAGGGAGUAAACAAUGUUAA